UUCGAUAACUCUUUUCUACCACGCUUCGAAGUCCAUACACGCCAUAACUCCUCCUUCUAUAUUAAGUUAUUAACCUUCCCCUGUUUUCAACUCUUUUCAGUCUCGCUUUUUGUUCUAAAAAUUCACCCCUUUCUCUCUCUCUCAUGGAAGCUCUAGGAAUUCUCAGGUUCUGGAGAAACACCAGCGCCGGCGCAGGCGCCGUUUCCAUCCCCGGCGUGUAUUUCUCUCGGAAUCCUGUUUCCGGCACCGACGAAGAAGAAACCGACGACGAUGAUUCUUUCUUCGAUCUGGUUAUCAGGUCGCCGGAUCAAAUUGCCGCCAAAAUUCACGACGAAGGUUUGAAGGAUAUUUUACUGAGGAAAAACGAUUAUCCGAGCUCCAAGCCUCGGUCACCGGUCAGCAUCCUCCGGCGGGGCCCCAAAUUCAAGGUUUUCAUCCAAGGAUUGACAAAACAGCGGAGGCGCGAGAAAACCGGUCCAAUCGCGGUUGAGUUGAAGGCCAACCCGGUGAAUCGGCUCAGGGGAUCUUCGAAGCUUGAGCAGAGCAACCGAUCCGCGGCGAAAACCGGACCGGCAGCGUCGUUCGGUCCGGUUUUUACCAGGGAUAACAGUUUGCGGACCAAAAUGCUGAAAGAGAGCCGCGAAUACGGCACGUCUCCCAACGUCCUCGCCGCCGGGGAGAAAUCGGUGCCGAGGUACAUGAAGCUGAUUAAGCCUUUUUACGCGAAGGCCUCGAGCAAGGCGAGGUCGUCAGAAUUCUCUACGCCGUCAUCUUCUCCGUUGACGGCGCCGUCGAAUCAGUCGCCGAGGAAGUUCUGCGAGGUGAGUAGGGUGGGGAGCUUCAAGAUCAUGACAAGGAGAUUGGGGAAGAGCCGGCCGGCGUCAGCGGCGGUCCGUGGGAAGAACCGAACGGCGUCGGCGGCGGACGGUCCGCCGCCGCUCUGCCGGAGGGACGACCUCCUGAUGGAGCACCACGAUGGAAUCCAAGGCGCCAUUCUUCACUGCAAAAAGUCCUUUAAUAAUUCUUCAUACCUAGAAAUCUCGCAAUUAUCUCGUUCCGCGAGCGAUAACUCGCGCGAGAAGAUGGGGAGAAAUACGUCGGAGGAGCAAAAACGUUGCAGCAUUUGAAUCGCAACGGAAAUGGCGGGAAUAUCCAUGUUGCUGAGGGUAACAUGACGUCAUGUUUUCAGGGUUAUGAUGAUAAUUUGUACUCCAUUAAAAGGAUUUUUGUACAGAUAGGUGCAGUAAAAAAAAUUCUGAAAACAGGCUAAGGGAGCAGUCUGAAUGCCCAAUGGGUAGAAGGUAGUUUUCCUUUUUACUCUCUGUAAAAAGUAACUGUUGGCUUUGAAACUUUGAAUCGAACGUUGUGUGUUGUCUCUGCCAAACUUGAGAGUGGGCAAAAGGAGAAAUUAGAACAAGAAAAAAUGGGGGGUAAAUGAUUAUAAUAAUCAAUUAUGAGUUGUUUGAAUGUAUGAAUUUUGGACUGUUCCACUUCGAAUCAAAG